AUGGCAGAGUUGCAUGCAGUACUGGAAGAGCACAAGAGCCAUGGCGGCCUUGGUGGCAGUUAUAAAGUACUGUCCAUUGAGCUGGCGAACUUUCUAGGCAAGCGGUGAGAGCUCUCGGCCAUUGAUUGCCCCAACCUAAUGGACAGCCUGUUGGAGAAGGAACUGGUACCUUCUGGUAAUAUGCUCAAGUACUUGAGACGAGGUCUCACCAUCCUCACUGCCAAGGAGCUUUUUGGUCUGUGGCUGGGAUUUGAAUGCAGGGACUUCCAUGUGGAGCAGUUUGUCCUGGAGAAGGGGGGUUACCCUCAUUAGGACACCUGGUCCAAUAGCCACCACAGUGACAGCUUCCUGUCCCUCUGGCCUCUUCUUGUUGAUGAUCUGGACUACAAGUUGCACCUCUUAGAAAGCUCAGCUUUCAGUGGCUGCAAGAUGGAGACAGUGGAAGAUGACAUGCCCAGCCUCUAGGCUCACGACUUCUAGGACCAUCAAGCCAUUAGUGGGAUGUGGGUCAGCUACCAGUUCCCUGAUUACCGUGGUCGCCAGUAUGUGUUCCAGCGGGGAGAUUACCAGCACUGGAAAGAGCGGGCUGCCAACCAGCCACAGCUGCAGUCUGUAUGCCGCAUCCACCGCCAGAAGUGGCACAAGCAAGGCUGCUUCCUUAGUAGCGGAAGGAUGCCCAGGUCCCAGCAGCCUCACCCCACCCCUAAGGGACAACACAGGCAACAAGAGGAACCUGCAGGGUAG